CUUAAAUAGGUGGAGUCUUUGGCCGCAAGCCAAACAUUAGAAACGACGAAGGUACUGAGCUAACGUUCGUGAAUCUACCACUGCCAAUUAACGUUAGUGAAACUGUAGCUCGCUGUUUAGCUAAGACAUGAUAACAAGCCUUUCAGAAUGUCAGAUUCAGACGUAGAAUCGGACAUCGACGAAGGUCCGGAAGAAAUCCCACACACGACAAGUAGGGUCUAUUUAAAAAAAGUUUCACCGCCAGUAAAUUCUUUUGAUGUUUUUGAGCAAUGGAAGCAGAUCCCUGUGUCAGUGAAAAAGAAGUCGGGCCACUUGAUGCACAUGGGUGUGUUCUGGUGGAACAUUCUGCUUCGGCAACAGGACAAAACCAGCGUCACGCACUGGGCUGUACAAGUGGGGUUCCUGGAUGGCUACGUGACUAGUGACUUGAGUUUGAAGAGACUCUUUAAGAUAGAAAUCUUGGAAUCUCUUUUCCGAGCUUUGGAGAAAGGAUGUUUAUCUGACGAGUUAACACGGCAUUUGGUUUCUCUGGGUACCCGAUUUGACAUGUGUCCUUCUAGUCAGCAAGCAGACUGUAUGGUUGGAGCUAUGCGCUGGCUGGAAAUGACAGGAGAGCCUGGGAUCCAAUUGCAGGUUCAGCGGCUUGGGAACCCCAAGAUUCGUUAUCUCACCCUGUCAUAUUUGUUCACUGAAUAUGCCCAUUAUGUCCAUGCCAUGGCAUAUGAUAAAGAGGACACUAUUGAACGGUUGAUCACCGCAAACUGCAAGUGUUGUGUAAAGAAAAGUGAAGAAAUGAAAAAUAAGGGAAAUGAUUUGUUCCGGAGAAAGAAAUACGACGCUGCAGUGAAAUACUACACCAAAGCAAUCCGAUACCACCCAGACAACCACUUUCUCUAUGGAAAUCGAGCUCUUUGCUUCAUUAACAGUGAAAAAUACCAGAAAGCCAUUGGCGAUGGAAAACGUGCCACAGUAAUCAAACCGGACUGGGCAAAGGGUCACUACCAGUUCUGUCAGGCCCUCUUCGCUCUCGGCGAGCACCGGCCGGCCCUGGCGGCCAAUGAGAGAGCCCUGGGGCUGUGUGACGCAGACGCGGGGGGCGUCCGGGACCUGCAGCAGCAGAGGGACCGCUUCCUGAAGGAGAUUCAGGAAGGCAGAGGUGGCGCAACGAGGAAGAAGGGUGGUGCCAGGAAAGACUUGAGUAAAAGGGUGGAUUCCGUUCCCAGAAUGGAUGUUGAGAGUCCACUCCUGACAGACCCUUCUAGCAGAACAGUGCAUACAAGGGCCAGCUCUGCCCCAGAAAGCAAGGAGCCAGAAGAUAGGAGUCGUCCUGCCAAUUGUCCAGGUACCGCUGAAGGAGCAACGCGAACGGAGAGAAAUUCUAAAGAGCCCAAACAAAUGAAAAGUGAAAUGCCAGGCAAGAAGACUCGCAAAACGGAGGCAAGCACUCCUGAAAAACCUAGAACAACAGUGAAGCAUCCACCUCCACAAGAAAAGAGGGGAGUCAGCACAGAUGGUGGGGAUCUGAGGAGCAAGCUGAAAUCCGCUGUAGAGGACGCUCACACUGCCCUGUACGACCAGCGCUGUCGCAAUGCUGAACAGGCCUUCUCUCAAGCGCUUUGUUUGCUUGAUUCCACGACACCAAAGGCGCUGGGCAUCACCGAACGUGAUGUUGUGGUUCUGAAGUAUGGUCAUGCUACUGCUCUUCUAGAAACCGGGCAACCCGAUGAACUCAUUCAGGCUAAGGAAGAAUUUGACAAGAUUCAGAAAAUAGCCGACAGGAGCUUUCAGUGUUUGGUUUUCUUUGGAAUUGGCAAGGCGUGCCUAAAGGAGAACAGGUUUUCAGCAGCUCUGGAAGAGUUCUCUAACUGUCUGCGGAUGAUCAACCUUCAAAUCACACCAGGGAAAUUGACAUGGCCUACAACAAAAGUUAUUGUUGAAGAAACUCAAACUGAAAAUUUUAAGGAUCUUCUGGAGAAAUUUAUGGAGAUGUGCAAGUUGCCGCCCAAACCAGAUGCAGUUUGCAGGCAUGCAAAUUGCCAGGGACAUUCAAAACCCCAAAUCUAUUUCACAGACCCAGAUUUCAAGGGAUUCAUCCGAAUGAUUUGCUGUCAAAAGUGCAAUGUGGAGUUUCACAUCAGCUGCUGGAAAAAAAUGAAAGCGGCUGUGUUUUGUGAUAAGAACGAUAAGGAUUUUCUACAAGAAAUUUGUUUUACUCCAGAUUGCGGUGGUAAAAUCUGCCAUAUAGUAAUCUUUGGUUUAACUGGGCUGAUGAAGUGUGAGUUUGAGUCUGCUAUUAAAAAAAUCACAGUAACUGCAAAGCCCAGAGUCAAACAGAUAUGUACAAGUCUCAAGAAGUUGAAAUCUAAGGAAGAUCGAAAGAUAAGAAGAAAACACAACAGGCAAAAGGCCUCUCAAGCAAGAAAUGAGCAAUCUGAAUGGGUACCCUUGGAAAAGAGUGCCAUGUCAAGGGUGGAACUGCAAGAAAAUGCUUCCCAAUCCUGGCUGGUUUUUGGGGACCGUGUUCUACAUCAAAUAUUUGAGAACAAGGAACUACUUAAAGAGGAUACCCAUAAUAUUUCUGAUUUCAUGAAAUGCAUCCAUCCUUGGAGAGCACGAGAGAAGGGAAAUGAUAGUUCCGUGCAAUGUCUAAUGGAGCCAGGAACUAUGGGAGAUAUAGUGGACUUGCUGCUGGAGCAGAAAAACCGGGUUUGGGCAAGAAUAUUCAUACAGUAUCUGAGUGACCUAGACAUCAGCCCAAAACUACACAGCUGGGCACGUGGACUGGACAGUGCAGGUUUGCAAGCGGCCGAGACAUUUAUCGAGCGCUACGCUAAGCACCUGGAAGAGCUGGACCUGGCCCCGCUCCUGCACUUCGGCCCCUUGCAGGACACCUUCAUCCAGAAGUUUGGGACUGUACUCGAGAUUUUCAGCGACGGCUUCACUGUGACGGAUUACUUAAAACAGGCCCCUCCUCACGAGAUGCGCCUUUUCAUCUGGACCCUGGAGGAGCAUCGCGAUCUCUACGCACCUUUCCAACACGCUUUAAAUGAGUAUUUUGAGAUAAUGGAUGGUCUUUGUUUGAUUAUUAAGAAGACUGAGCAUGAAAAUCAAAUUAACUCUCCUGUUAGGAGUAAGAACAAAAGUCGAAAAAAGAAACAAAAAGAGCCGAAGCAAUCUGUUAUUGUCCUGUCGGGAUCGAGGGGUGGGGCUUUAAGAGAGGAAGAUGAUGAAGAUGUUUUAUCAGAGGAAGAUUCACUAAUGCUGCUUGACCCCAGUGAUCCCUUUAUGGUCCCAGAGCGCCUUCGAAAUCAAGUUGCCGAAUUUGAAGGGCGAUACAACAACAUUGUUCCUGGGAGCCAUUACAGGAGAAUUUUGGACAACAAUCCAGAUACGAUAAAAGAGAGUUUAUAUGACUACUUUGAGCAGAUUCUGGAGGCGCAUGGGCCCAUGGAGACUGACGACCAGCUGCUGGUGGGAGAGCUGGAGAACUUCCCCACCGAGGCCCAGCUGAAGAUCCAUGAGGCCGGGGGACUUCAGCCGUUCCUUCUGGAGUCCCUGCGCUUCGUGAUGAACGACAACCUGAUGGGGCUCAUGAAGCACGCCGUCUCGCUGCAGGAAGUGACUGAUGACUUCCAGCACCUCUUCAUCAGCCCGGAGGAUGCCUUGGCCUCCAGGGCCACCUCCCUCAACCCCUCUGCUAAGGAGUUUCAGCCUCUCUUUCCCCUCCAGGAUAACGGUGAUGCCAGUGCCUCUUUUGGAGAUGCAAAACCGUUCAAUAAGAAAGCGCCAGCAGGCCUUGCACAGCAAGACCGUUUGCGCCUUGCGUCUAGCCCUCUAUUUGAAAUGCCGGACCCUUAUUCCGCAUGUCUCGACCUUUCCCUGUUUGGCUCUCCAGACGUAGACGUGGACAUGGAUACUGGUUCAAGUGAGCCAUACGAUGAAAGGACAGUCUUGCCAGCCUCUUCAAAGCCAUAUUUAGACAUUUUUUCUCCUGAAAGUGGCGUUUCACGCAAUGUGACCGAGUCUGAUGUUAAAAUGGAAGAUUCUGCUCAUUCUAUCUCUGCCGCAGGAUCCCUACCACAGCAGGCGAUUGGGCUACACCCUAAGGCAACUGCACAUAAGAUGGUGGAAGCACCGGCACUGGAUCACAGAGAUGACGUUGCUGUUAACACCGAACCUUAUAAACCAUUUGAAACAAAUAAAGGGGACAUGAUUAAAAAAGAAAAGGAUAAUGUGGAGUUUGAAAAACAAAUGCAUAAAAUGAAAGAAGAUUACAAGGAGGAAGAGCAAAGAAGGAAAGAAGAUAUUUCUACCCUUGAAACUGAGCUGGAGUCACUUCGUGUCAACACAGAGAUCACCAAUAAAGAACUGGAGCUGUUCCAGCAGAAGUUGGAGGAGGAGGUGAAAAAAGAUCAGCUGGAAAAAAAGGAAAACCAAGAAACUCUGAAGUCCUUGAAAUCUGAAAUUAAGGAGUUGUCUGAAUCUCAUGAGACCAUUUCCAAGAGUGUCAGGGAGAAGAAUAAGGAGUAUGAAAAACAUCUUGAAGAUUUCUUGGAGGACAGCAAUCGGUGGGCUGCUGAGAAGAUGAGCCUGGAGGAAAAGAUACAGAGGUACAGGGACGUGUGCGCGGAGGCUACCAGGAGAUCACAGGCUGCGGAGAUAUCUAUCCUGGAGAACCGGCGACGGAAGGGGCUGCGGGGCCUGAACAAGUGUGUGUCGGAUGGGGAGACCAUCCUGGCACGGAUAAAGGAAAUGGUGGCCAGUUUCCCCUCGUCUGGAUUUCAGUCUGCCGCUGAGAACUGGAGGGCCUUUCUCCGUGACGCCAGAGAGAAACUCCUGCACGUCGAGACCCAGUACAAGGAGCAGAUGGAGCUGGUGAAGAAGGGGACCAGGCUGUGUACUCUUCCCCUGGUGACUGUUCCCACUGCCUCCCCUCUGCCAGCCAUGCCGGCAAUCCCCAUGGUGCCGAUCAACAACCCCACAGUGGUGCACAUCUACCCUCCGGGCCCCGCUCACCAGCUCUUUGGGCCCCGCGGGGCCCCUCUGCCCAUGAGGCACCAGCUGAGAGGGUCGUCACCGGGGCCCCCUGUCCUGCCGGAGGCCUCCCUGGGGAAGCCCGGCCAGCAGCCCGACCGCGGCACGCAGGUCUCCCCUCCGGUACCGCAGGCCUCCAGGCCUGCCGGGCCCCCGCCGUUCAAAGGCCCCCGAGCGGGCCCCCUGCAGCACAGCAACGUGUUCGAGAAGAUCAUCGACCGGCUCAGCUGCAUGUUCCCCCACUACAGCAGGUACCCAACGCCAGAGGGGGAGCGGCCAUUUAAUCCAGAACCGCCUACUCUGACAAAAUUUAUCCAAGAGGUCCGCUCUGCCAAUGGGGGAUAUCUGAACUCUCUGUCCUUUGAAGAAGUCAUCAACCGAGUGGCUCAGCUCAUCCUGGACCAUCAGGACAAUGCCAGAGAGCAGAUGAGCUCUGUCCACAGAGCCGAUCCCGGCGUUUUCGGGGCCCAGGUGUCCCGUACCCCACCCCCGAGAUCUGACUCUCCCGCAGCCUACCGCCCCUCCAACACCCCCCCUCCCUCGCACGUCUGGAAGAGUGUGGGGUCCCAGAACCCCAAAUUGGGAACGUCCAAAGCGUUGAAUCUGGAGGAUCCUUGCAUCAUCUGCCAUGAGGAGAUGUCCAGGGAUGACCUGUGUGUGCUGGAGUGUCGGCACAGCUUCCACAGAGAGUGCAUCAAGUCCUGGCUGAAGGAGCAGAGCACCUGCCCCACCUGCAGAGAUCACGCUCUCCUGCCCGAGGACUUCCCUCUGCUGCCCGGUCGCAUACGGAGAGGCCCCACUCCUGCUGCGCCCUCCUCCUGAACCCCCGCCUGGGCCGACAGGGUGUGGGGCACGGGGCUGCGCUGCCAGCAUGGGGUGAGGCGUGCUGGACCGUGCUGCAGUUCACCACACUUCACAAACUUCCUUUCAUUCAUUCAUGGCCAUUGUUAAUUAGCCAGCCUCUUUUUUUUAACCCGUUUAAUUUCAUGCCCAAUGCCUAUUUUAUUUGAUAUCAUGAUGUACCGUUGUUGUUUAUUCUAAAGUGAGUUUGGAAUACAAAUGUAAUUUUUGAUUUUCUUGUCACGAAUGGGCUAUUUAAUAGCAAUAGCACUGAAAUACUAUAGGUCUUACUGUUCUACACCCAACAUCGCUGCUCUGCAUAUAGUUUGAAUGCUGCACUUAAUGUGUGUAGAAACAUUUUUUUUUUUUUUUUUUUAUGAGAUGAAUUUUGUUUAGUUUAGUUUGAAUCAAUUAAGUUUGUUAUUGGAUAUUAAGACUGGUUCAAUCACCUUCAUUCAGUUAUUUUCACUUGUAUUGUCUAAAUAGUUUGCUUGAGUGCAGAAGUUGUCUUGUUAGCACUGGCAUUUGCUGUAAUUUAAUGGAUCAACCUCGAUUGUUGGUGCAUUCAACGCUGUUUUAAUAUUUUAACAUUGUAAUUUUACUUUUCUUUUUUUAAAUGAAAUCCUAUAAACUGUU